UAAUUGAGGAAAAAGGUGUUUCCCUUCUUCACUGUUCAGAAUUUGGAUAGCAACUAAUUUGAAGGGAUAGGAAUUUGAAGAAUCAAAGGUUGUUUCAUCGUUCGUGUGCUCUCAUCUCAUGGAAGCACUAUCCCUUCCCAUAAACACUCUCACCAAUUCAUAUUCCACUGCCAAUUACAUUUCUCUCAGGGCUACCAACACUUAUGCUUCGCUCUCUUUCUUACAACUCAAUCCUUCUUCCACUGCAAGAUCCCUCUCUUUGAAGAGCGUAAUUCGAGUGCAAGCUGAGAGUGAGGAUUAUGAAUUGAAGCAAAUGAGGGACAUGGCUGCUGCCAGAAAGAGAUGGGAAGCUCUGAUCAGGGAUGGGAAAGUUAAGGUACUUACUCCCAGGGAAGCUGGGUAUGCAGUUCAGCUUUCAAACAAGCCCCUUCUUGAUGUUCGUCCCUCAAAUGAGCACAAAAAGGCAUGGGUGAAAGCUUCAACCUGGAUUCCAAUAUUUGAUGUUGAUGAUAAACUAGAUUUUGGAACCAUUCCCAAAAAUAUCACAAAUUUCGUUAUGGGGGGUUGGUGGAGCGGCAUGCCUACACUGUCUUAUGACAGCCAGUUCUUAGGCAAAGUUCAGGAGAAGUUCCCCAAAGAUUCUGAAUUAAUUGUUGCAUGUCAGAAGGGACUUAGAUCACUUGCUGCUUGUGAACUACUGUAUAACGCUGGCUAUACAAAUCUGUUUUGGGUUCAAGGAGGCUUUGAGGCUGCCGAAGAUGAGGAUCUCAUUGUAGAGGGUCCAGUGCCUCUUAAGUUUGCUGGAAUUGGUGGUGUUUCAGAAUUCCUUGGUUGGACUGAUCAACAAAGAGCUGCUGCAGCCAAGGAAGGUUGGGGUUAUAGAUUAGUGUUUUCUGCACGCCUGGUUGGAGUCUUUCUUGUUGCUGAUGCAUUAUAUAUUGGUGCUCAGCAACUUGGGCGCUAUCUUCAAGAUAUCAGGACCCAUUGAGGUACUAAUAUGGAUGCCUUGAAGUUAUUAAUUAAUCCUCUUAGAGAUUAUGUUCCUUGUUGGGGAUGAGCAUACAGAAUCAAACAGCUAAGGAACUCAAUUUUGGAUGUUGACCUUUGUUAAAGGCUUAUUGCCCAUCCUUUAGUUAAUGUAAUUUACCAUAGUGUGUUUUCUGAGAUUUUGUCAUAGCUGCCCAUCUUAUUCUUUUUCACUACUGGAUUGUAAAUGCAAGUUUAUUGGACAGUCUUUCUAAUUUAGGUUUUUUUUUUUUCCAUGUGGGUAUGUACUAAUGCAUUUUUUAGGUCAAGUGCUUGUAUUUUUCUUUAAGAAAUUUCCAUAACAGAAGGAAAAAAUAAUAAUUUUGUCAUAUUACUGUUCCAUUAAU